AUGGACAGCUCCUCUACGACGCUGAUAACAUUUCUUGUUCGAACCCCUCCAAAUACCAGGUUUGUGAAGCUCCUUGGAUCAUGGGACAAUUUCACGAGAGCAUAUCCCAUGGAGAAGGACAGUCGAAUUGGCAAAGGCUAUUGGAAAGGAUGUCAUACUUUCACAAACAUAAUAUGUGAUGGUGAAAUAAACGCACUUCCUCCAGGAAGAGAUGGCGGUCUGAGAAUGGGUGGCACGUAUUGGUAUUAUUACCAAAUUGACAAUGAAGUUGAAUUUUUUAAUGAGGCGGAGCCGGUGACCACCUCUUGCCCUUUGCUCCCUGGCCAGCCAUUGAACGUCCUCAAUGUUCCGAUACAUUUACCAUCCUCAGAAAGCUUUCAUACUCGCGGCGCCAAUCACGUCUCACAAGUAAUUGGUCAUGAAACGAUGAAUCCUGACGACAAAUAUAUGAAUCCGAGACCUCCACCUCGGCCAACUUUACCUCGACUCACAACCUCCCCGGCGAUGCUCAUGCGCAGCGACUACGCUCUAACCCCCACUCUCUCUGCCGGAUCAUCACUAUCUCCUGCUCAUGGAAGAAGUCUCUCCCACCCGCGUGCCAUUACCUCACGCCGCAGAUUCCGCAUUGGCGGCAAAUUGUCACUAGACCUGAAAAUUUCAAUUAACCCUUCCACCAAACCCAGUUCGCUUCGAUCUAGUAUAAUGAAUGUCGCAUCCCCAAGAUUCGGCCGAAAUAAUGAGAACAGAGGUCGCCAGCCUCGUGACUGGGCGAAAUACCUCAUUGUGAAAGUUCCAGGUGUGGAAUUGAAUUCAAAAAGUUACUCCAAUAACUCAUCACCCAUGUGGAGCCCCGCCAGCAAUCUAAACAAGUCAUUGCCACAUCCUGCUGGUGGAUAUAUGUCCGGUGAACAAUCGAAUCGGGACAAUUCUCUUCGAGAGAGCAGGGGUCCGUCUCCUUCAAAUACCACACUGACAUUUAACAAUUCAUCACUUCAUGGACUUGGCCCUAAGGAAACCGAACGCCCUCAAUGGCGACCUCUCGAUGCGUAUCGAGACUCGAUAUCGCAGCAAAACACGCUCAGGUUUAUCCCUCAAUGGGAAUCAAAAGGUGAUGCCUGGGACCCAGACAUUUUAUCUCCCCUGGAUCUGUACGAGAAACGUUUGCCAACACUCCCGAACAGUCCGACAUCCGCUCUCGACUCAGAAUUGCACUCAACGAGAGAGGAACAUCUUCCUAUUAGCGAAGAAGAGUACCUACAGAGCCAUUUUUCCGACUUCACUGCUGAAUCUCCUGAUGAUUCCUGCUCUCCGGACUCCUUCCAACCGGGUGGUAGCCGCUUUUCGGAAUAUAGCACGGAUACAGACGAUGCCUCACCCUUCUCCAUGACAUCUGCCUCAACGAUUAAUAGUUAUGACACAUUCCCUCCGGCAACCAAUGAAGACAAGGAGAUAGCAUUUGAAGUGGCACUCGCAAAACCACCUCCGCAGGCUAACUCGUCCAAAAAUAGUACGCAGCAAUGCCCAUCCAACACCUCCAAUUGUUGCCCUGAAGAUGUCGAUAAAUCCUCCCUUUACAUCUCAAAAACUCCAAGUGAAGACGACGGCAGUGGGCGCCCCACACCCAACAGAGACACCAACCUCAGGCGAAAAAAUAAUGAUAAAUCCCCUACAACACCCUCGUGGAAACAUCUAAUCCUAAAACAUAAUAACUAUUCACCAAAUACCAACUCCUCCAUCAAGGAAGGUAAUUUCAAUAAUUCCAACCUCCCCACUCCGCGCCCAAAACCGACAAAUGAUCAAGACCACCGGAUGAAAAGUGAUAAACAUGCUAUGACCCCUUGUUGUGGCGUUGGACAAGGACUACAAAAUCCCUAUGUCGAUUCUUCAAUGCAGGAGUUAAUGAACGAGUUGGGAUAUUUGCGAGAUAUUAUUGAAGAAAAUGCCGUGAAAAGUUAUUGA